UUUAUAGGUGUGUUCCCCUUUAAAUCGCGCUGAACGCAGUGGAUUGGAGAUCAGACAGCAGAGGACGGUCAGCUUCAGCAGCUCCGAGCAGCGAUGGACCGAUAAACCUUUGGAAGCGAUGAUCAGAUUUGUUUGCCAUGGAAAUGGACAUGAUGCCAAAAUUCUCCUCGAAGGACGAGGAAAUUGAUUUCUGGAAAACUCUUUCCCUCAAGUACAAGAAAGGCUGUGAGGAGGCCCAGGAGGAGCUGCUGGAGUUCCAGGAGGGGAGCAGAGAGCUGGAGGCCGAGCUGGAGGCCCAGCUGGGCCAGGCCGAGCACCGCGUCAAAGACCUGCACUCCGAGAACCAGAGGCUGAAGAACGAGGUGGAGAUGCUGAAGGAGCGGCUGGAGCAGCAGUACUCUCAGAGCUUCAAGCAGAUCUCGGUGCUGGAGGACGACCUGGGACAAACGCGCAGCAUCAAGGAGCAGCUCCACAAAUACGUUCGAGAGCUGGAGCAGUCCAAUGACGACCUGGAGAGAGCCAAACGAGCCACCAUCGUUUCUCUGGAGAACUUCGAGCAGCGCCUGAACCAGGCCAUCGAGAGGAACGCCUUCCUGGAGAGCGAGCUGGACGAGAAGGAGUCGCUUCUGGUGUCGGUGCAAAGGUUAAAGGAUGAAGCUCGAGAUUUGCGUCAGGAGCUGGCCGUGCGAGAGCGGCAGGCAGACAUGAGCCGGAUGUCGGCUCCCAGUUCCCCGACGCAGGACAACAUCAAGAUGGACUCCGCAGUACAAGCCUCCCUGUCCCUCCCUGCAACGCCUCUGAGCAAAAGUCUGGACAACGCCUUCGCCAAUCCAUCAGUUCUGUCUAACGGCUACGGCAGCAACUGUCCUCUGACUCCCUCCGCCAGAAUAUCAGCGCUCAACAUCGUCAGUGAUUUACUCCGGAAAGUCGGGGCUUUGGAGUCGAAACUCGCCGCCUGCAGGAACUUUGCUAAAGACCAGAAAGCCCGGAAGGCGUUCUCUCUGGACAACAGCAACGCGCUGAACGCAAACACAACCAGCUACGCCCAAGCACUCAGCACGUCGUACUUUGACAGAGCUGGGACGGUGAACAGGCUCGACCCCGGGACCCUGACAGCCAUCACCUCCGCGCCCGCCGCUUCCUCGCCCGGCUUGGUGCGCCUGGCCGUGUGAGACCCUGCAGCACAGGAGCAGAGAUCGAACGCUUCGUUGCACCGUCCCCGGCUGCGCCCUCCUUGUUGUUCAACGCCGUCUGUUGUUCUGACUCGACUCUUGUGCUUUGUGACUGCUGUAAUGGUGGCUCCGUGUGUGAGUGAUGGGUGUUUGUUUAUCUGUCUGGCUCUGAGAAAGGCUAUGAGGGUCUUUCUGCUCACCUGACUCUGGCAAUAUUAUGCAAAUGUUACAUUUCUGACACAAUAAUCGACACUUUUCUCACUUGUAGGCAGAAUUUCUCACAUUCUUACUAAGCAAUAACGUCAGCUAAACCUUCACACACGUCGGUCAGUUUGAAUUGUUCAACACGUGUGCUUGAACAAUGUUGAAGUCAUUUUAUUUACAGAACUAGUGUCUAGUGAGUCUUUGUAGCGAGUCACACAACGUAACUUUAAACUUUGUGACAUGAAGCGUACAGUAUUGGUCAUAUUGAUCCGCGUUCACAGCUCAGCAACGAAGUGGAGAGUUCAGACAUGCUAAAGGGAUAGUUCAGAUUUUCUACCCGUGGUGAUCAAGAGACAUUAUGAGCAGUCAGUGUCUUACCUAGUGAAUGUUAAGUUAAGGCGGAGCCAAACAAAGGAGGUUUCUGCAAUCUUUGAUCAACACAAAAUACAUUUUUAUUGACUGUGAUUUUGGUCCAUGGCUGUUUAUGCUGCAGACUGUUGGUUUGAGGUCUGUCUCAGUUUUUUUUUUUUUUUUUUUUAUGUUGAAUUUUUUAUUUUUUUUUA